AACAAAAACACCCUAUUCUCCCUAUUUGUACCUAUACCUAUUUUUUCUCUGUCUCCUCUUCUUGUAUCCUUUUUGAAAUCAUCAAAUGCUUAUGUUGCUUGAUUUAUAUAUAUCUAUAACUCCUUUUCAUUACACACCACACUGCCAAAGUUUUUCACUUCUAGAACAACGAUUUUCAGAUGAAUAAUGAAUUUGAGGAUAGACACGGAGUUUCAGAUAUGAUGCCAAACAAUCAGCAGAGGAAAAAACAGUCAUUUAUCUGGAAAGUGUUGACAAUGAGAGAGAGAAAUGGAAGGACAAUGGAAAGAGGUACAAUUGAUUCACAUGAAGCACUUUCUAAUUCAUCCAUCCAAAAUCAAGGCUCUGUACCUUCUAUGUCUUCUUGUGAAGAAAUUCAGAAUUUCAGCGUUUUUGCUGCAACAUGGAAUGUUGGAGGUCAAUGCCCAAGUGGGAACCUUGAUCUGAGUGAUUUUCUUCAGGUUCGAAACGAACCUGAUAUGUAUGUUUUGGGAUUUCAAGAGAUUGUCCCUUUGAAUGCUGGAAAUGUCCUUGUACUAGAAGACAAUGAACCUGCUGCAAAAUGGCUUGCAUUAAUUAAUCAAUCACUCAAUGGUCCUUUAGAUUUCACUUCUAAUAAAGGCCUAAAACCUACUGCAUCGUUCGGCGGAUCAUUGUUCUUUCAAAAGCCUUCACUAAAGAAGAUUAAGAAAACUUUCAAGAAAUUAAAUGGAAAGAGGUUAAAAAGUUGUAACUGUGUACUCGAAAUGGAAAGGAAGGCUGCUAUGGAUUUCUGUUUUCGAUGCCAAGAAUCGAAUUUAAGUUUAGAUGAUUCUUCAACCGAAGAGGAGGACGACAACUUUCCAAUAUCUGUUGCUUUGGCUACUAAUCAAAUGAAAUAUAGUCUUGUCACUUGUAAACAAAUGGUUGGAAUUUUUGUUAGCGUAUGGAUGAAGAAAGAGCUUGUUCAAUAUGUAGGCCAUUUAAGAAUAUCCUGCACGAGUCGCGGUAUCAUGGGAUGUCUCGGAAACAAGGGGUGUAUAUCAGUGAGCAUGUCAUUUUAUCAGACGAGUUUUUGCUUUAUCUGUAGUCAUUUGGCUUCGGGAGAGAAAGAGGGCGACGAGCUACGCCGGAAUCUUGAUGUCAUUGAGAUACUAAAGAACACUCAGUUUCCAAAGAUUUGCAAGACACAAUACAGUAGGAUGCCGGACAAAAUUUUAGACCACGACCGAAUCAUAUGGUUUGGAGACUUGAAUUACAGAAUUUCUUUAAGCCGCGAUGAUGCGAAAAGGCUUGUGGAAAUGAAGGAUUGGCCUGCAUUAUUUAACAAGGAUCAGCUUAAAAUGGAAAGGGAAGCUGGUCGUGUAUUUAAGGGGUGGAAAGAGGGAAAAAUAUACUUUGCACCUACUUAUAAAUAUGCUUUCAACUCAGAUACUUAUUAUGCUGAAGGUGUAAAGGUUUCAAAGAACAAAAGGAGAACUCCAGCUUGGUGUGACAGAAUCUUGUGGCAUGGAAGGGGAAUACAACAACUUUCAUACGUGCGUAAAGAAUUCAAGUUUUCUGACCAUAGACCUGUUUGUGCAACUUUUUUGGUAGAAGUGGAAGUCAUGUUUAGGGGACAAAAGAAGAAGGUUGCCACUUUCAACUUUCAAAUUCAUGAUAUUGUACCCUCAAGAACUUCAUAUUAUUUAUGAAGCACCAAUUCUAACAAUAUUUUAAGGUACUGAUGAACUAACCACAACAGUGAAUAGAUAUUGCAACUUUUCCGUUCGCUUUGAGGAAGAGUUAGAAGAUUUUGGUAACUACCAAGGAACAAAUUAUAGCAUUCAGAAUUGAUGAAGCGAUAAAAAAUGUAAUAGAAAAAAAAUGUGAUUACGACCGGAAUUAACCAUAAAAAUAAAUUAAAAAUAAUUAGAGUCAACUAUAAACGUGCACCAAGAAACAAAAUUGUCGGUGAUUUAUUUUUUUGGCAUAUAUAGAAUUAAGUUAAUUACAAAUUGCUAGCUUGAUGGAGGAGAAAAAAAUAUAUAUACCAGCUUCUCAUGUAAGUGAAGAGUUGUGUUGGUGUUAUAUGAUAUGAAAUGUGAUUAUUCUUUUUUCUUUUC